AUGGAUAUCAAUGAAUUGUCAACCGAACAAAUCCAAGAGCUCUUGGAACUCGCAAGACGUAUCAAACUCCAAGAUGAAGAAGAUACAGAGUUACCAGAAGCCAUAUUCCAAGAUUUGGAAACCACUUCCAAGACCACCAUGGAGAAGAAUCUUAAGCGAUUCACAAAGGACAUCAAGUCGUACACAGGAGGAAAAUGGACACAAUCAGGUGCCAUCAACAAGGAAUUCAUCCCUGAACUCAAAAGACGAAGCAUUGACGUCCAUACAGCCAUCCAAGCAAGAUACAAGGAUGCAGACAAGCUUCGACAAGCAGCUCGAGCUGCAACCGAGAUCUACGAGGACCUCCAUUUUAUCAUCAACAGAGGAGGUGACCCAAGCGAUGAAGAGUACUUGGUCAACAUCCUUGAAAGAUCGAGACGACUUGCCGUCUAUGCCUUUGGCAGUGGAAAGACCAUUGACGCUGAAACAAAGGAAACUAUUCGAAAAACUCUUCGAUUACCAACAGCAGUUCGCUACAUUGACGUCGAAGAAGACGAAGAAAAAGACUUGGCCUUCUCUCCAAAAGCUGUCAAAGAGAUAUUCGAUGCAAGACCCAAGGACUCCAACACCGAUCCCGACCAAUCCACCAACCAAUGA